ACAUGGUCACUUUCAGUGCAACCUUUUCACAGGAAUGGCGAACUAGAGUUGAAAAAGUCGCUCUGCUAACCAAACUAGUCGCGGGCCGAGCAGCUGAUUCGUCGACAAGUAACUAAUUGUAGGGAAGAGUAGCUUACCUCGAAAAUGAAUCCAGAAAAGCUGAAGGCAAUGCAGGAGCAAGUCCGCAUCGGUGGCAAGGGCUCUGCUCGCAGAAAGAAGAAGGUCGUGCACAAGACGUCCAAGUCAGAUGAUAUCAAGCUACAGAACAACCUGAAGAAAAUGGGUAUGAACAACAUCCCCGGAAUUGAGGAGGUCAACAUGUUUCAGCAGGACGGCAACGUAUUGCAUUUCUCAAACCCCAAAGUGUCGGCUCUCAUCCCAGCCAAUACGUUUUCCGUCACCGGACCAUGCGAACAAAAGUCUCUUGGUGAACUCCUGCCUACUAUUCUGCAGCAGAUGGACUCGCAGAGUUUGUCCGGACUAAAGAAGAUGUUCGACCCAGCGGCUGCAAAGAGCACCAUAUCCGAGAUAACAGAGGAUGACGAGGAUGACGUACCAGAGCUGACUGGUGAUUUCGACUCCGUGGCUUCUGCUGAUGCUGAAGCCUCAUAGGUACAACGAGAAGCACCGACAACCGGCAGACCAACUCCAUCUUCGAGGCUGCAGUGAACAUGGCUUGUUGCAUUCCUUCUCUUGAAUCUUUUCUACAGCUUGGCAAUUUUAUAACAUUCUAGAGAAAGGAAAGGAAUAAAGAGUAUACCCACCAUGA